AAAAUGGGUCCUGGAGUGAAAGAGAAUGAAACAACGGCAACAGGAGGAAGAAAACAAUUUCAACUCAUAAUUUUUCUCUGCUUGUUGAAUAUCAGCAGUUUUGUUGUUCCAGUCAGAGGAUUUGCAAUGAAGAAUUGCAAAAUCAGUUACAAUAUUGCCAUAUGCGCCCAGAAUAAACUCAGAGCUGUUCCUCGAGAUAUUCCCUCGACAGUAGAGGGUUUUGACUUGUCUGCAAACAAAAUUUCAAGAGUACAAAUAUCAGAUUUCAAAAAUCUACCAGUUUUGACAAAAUUAGAACUAAAUCGCAACUUCAUUUCGCAGAUAGAUGGCGGCGCCUUUGCCAAUCUGAUUUCCCUCAAGAAGUUAAAUCUAAAUAAUAAUAAACUUGUUGAACUCAGAGAGGAUCUUUUUAAUGGUUUGAGCAACCUCACCGAGCUCAGGAUUACUAGUAAUCGCAUCAGAGCUGUGGCGUCCACGUCUUUCAAGUCCAUGAUAAGCUUAAAGUUUCUGGACAUUUCUCACAACAAACUAACGGCAACAGGAGGAAGAAAACAAUUUCAACUCAUAAUUUUUCUCUGCUUGUUGAAUAUCAGCAGUUUUGUUGUUCCAGUCAGAGGAUUUGCAAUGAAGAAUUGCAAAAUCAGUUACAAUAUUGCCAUAUGCGCCCAGAAUAAACUCAGAGCUGUUCCUCGAGAUAUUCCCUCGACAGUAGAGGGUUUUGACUUGUCUGAAAACAAAAUUUCAAGAGUACAAAUAUCAGAUUUCAAAAAUCUACCAGUUUUGACAAAAUUAGAACUAAAUCGCAACUUCAUUUCGCAGAUAGAUGGCGGCGCCUUUGCCAAUCUGAUUUCCCUCAAGAAGUUAAAUCUAAAUAAUAAUAAACUUGUUGAACUCAGAGAGGAUCUUUUUAAUGGUUUGAGCAACCUCACCGAGCUCAGGAUUACUAGUAAUCGCAUCAGAGCUGUGGCGUCCACGUCUUUCAAGUCCAUGAUAAGCUUAAAGUUUCUGGACAUUUCUAACAACAAACUGCAUGACGUAACAAAAGUUCAUUCAAUAAUACAGCAUCUGCCGCAGCUACGAGAGUUGUACAUUCAAAAGAACAAUUUUAACACUUUUCACUCGUGGGAACUGACAAACAGCUCACUACAACUUAAAUACCUCGAUUUGUCUCAUAAUCCAAUCUCACUUUUUCAGAUCACUGCAGAUGUUUUACCAAAUCUGACCUGGUUUAAUGUCGGUGGCUCUUCCCAGAAGAUGAGAUGGGAUGUGCAUAACAAGACUUUCUUUAGUCGAGUGUCUACUCUUGACAUUACCGGGCUUCAAAUGUCUUUAAAUGACAUGAAAACAUUACUAGAGAGCGUAAACUCCUCACUAACGUCUCUGAGGAUGAAUGCAAUGAAACAAAACCUUGCAGCGCUGAUCAACAUUUCCUGUUCCAUCCCAACAUUGUCCAAACUGCAACUCCGCAAUUACAAACUCAGCUCUGUCAGUUCCCAUUUGAUUAAGUUGUGCAUCAAUGUAACUGAGUUAGAUUUAGCAGUUAAUCAAAUACAAAACAUCAGUGACAACACCUUCAGAUCUAUUCAGAGAUUAAGGAUCUUGAAUCUGAGUCGCAACAACCUUUCAUCUGUUCCAGCUGCCACGAGGAAUCUACCGAUUCUUCAAGAAUUGGAUCUGAGCUCUAAUUUCAUCAGCAAACUUGAAUGUGACGAUUUUGCCAAUCAGACAAUGCUUAGACAGCUCAACCUUUAUCAGAAUUCAAUCUCAGCUCUAAAAGACUGUGUUUUCAAGGAUUUAAUACGAUUGCAAGUUUUGAAGUUACAUAACAACCAAAUGUCCAAGUUACAUGGUGCCUUCAACAAAUACCUGCCAAACCUUAGACUACUGCUAUUGGAUCAAAAUAAACUCACUGCCAUUAAUAAUGGAGAAUUCAGGGGCUUACAGUCCCUCCAGAACUUGUCAUUACAUCACAAUCAAAUACAGCAACUUGAUAAAAGGUGUUUCAUUGGAUUGACGAAUCUUUCUAUUAUUCUACUCCAGCAGAAUCUUAUCACAGAAAAAGAAAUAAACAAAGGUAGUUUCAAUGAUCUGAUAAAUUUAAAGAGAUUGGACUUCAGGGAAAAUAGAAUUCAAUAUAAAAACGAUUCAGCUUUGCCUAAUGCACCAUUUUCUCAGCUGUCCCGUCUGGAGACAUUGGCUAUUCCUUCACAACACCGCAGGCUGAAAUCUGACUUGCCUCGCAACUUCCUGCAAGGAUUGACAAAUCUGCGGGAUCUCGAUAUCGGGACCACUCAACUUUUAACCUUGCACAAAGACACGUUUAUUUACACACCUCAGCUGCAAAAACUUGAUCUUAGCUCAAAUGAAUUUAGGGAUCUCUCUCCAGAGUUGUUUUCCCCAAUUCCAAACCUUAAAAGUCUUUACAUAUCUAGAACAAUUCUUGGGUCUCUAGAUUUUCUUGUAAAUGCCAGCCUUUCCAAACUGGAGUUCUUGCAGGCGAGAAAGAAUCAAUAUUCAGUUAUCAGUGAGGAAAUAAUAAGGUCUGUACCAGCUCUUGUUUAUGUGGAUCUUCAGGGGAACAGUUUCAGGUGUGACUGCGAUAACGCCUGGUUUAUCUGGUGGAUAGAAAACAACAACCAAACACAAGUUUUUGAUGCCUAUAACUUUACCUGCAACUACCCUGUGCACCUUAAAGGCAAGGAACUGUUGGAACUCGACGUCCGGUCCUGCUCAGUAGACAUUGAAUUCAUCUACUUUAUCUCCACCACAUGUACAGUCCUACUGUUUAUGGUGGUGUCCUUCACCUACCAUUUCCUGAGGUGGCACCUGGCCUAUGCCUACUACCUCUUCUUGGCUUUGCUCUUUGACACAAAACACAAAAACAAGCAAGCUCCUAAUCAGUAUGACGCCUUCAUCUCCUACAACACUCAUGAUGAGCCCUGGGUCGUCCAAGAGCUGCUGCCCAAACUGGAGGGAGACCAGGGCUGGAGAUUGUGUCUGCACCAUCGAGACUUUGAGCCAGGUAAACCCAUCAUAGACAACAUCACAGAUGCCAUUUAUGGAAGCAGGAAGACCAUCUGUGUGAUCAGUCGCAGAUACCUUGAGAGUGAGUGGUGCUCCAGAGAGAUCCAGGUGGCCAGCUUCCGUCUGUUCGACGAGCAGAAGGACGUGCUGAUCAUGGUCUUUCUGGAGGACAUUCCCACCCAUGAGCUGUCUCCUUACUACCGCAUGAGGAAACUGCUGAAGAAGUGGACCUACCUGAGCUGGCCUCGAGCCGGAGAGCACACGGAGCUGUUCUGGGAGAAACUCCGCCAGGCUCUGAAGACCAGAGACGAUCGCAGUGAGGACAUCUUCCAGCUCACUGUGUCAGACAGACCGUGAUGAAAAGAAAUCGUGAACCUUCCUGUACGAGGUUUACAGCCAGUGUAGUUCACUGGUUUAUAUAACUGAGACUGCUGUUUUUUGACUAAAUAUUAUGAUAAGAUAAUAUACAAGAUUUGUGACAUUAAGAGCUCACUGACUCUACGGCCUGAGGGCUGACUAAACACUGUAAUCAGAGCAGCUGUGCCUACUAAUCAACUGAAAUGGAAAAUCAGGAGCCACAAGUUGAAACGUUUCCAUACAAGCAAACUGGAAAUCCAAGUUAUGAUUGAGUACCAGAAACUCAUUUUUCCAUGUCGAAGUAAAGUCAAACUACCAGUGUAACCUGUCGCAGUCUGGAUGUGACAUAACCUGACAAGUGUGGGAAAAGAUGAUUUUAACAACCAUAAAGCAACUUAUGGUGAAAAAAGUAGAAAAUAUGGCAAGUUAAGGAAUUAAAUUUAUCUCAUUUGAUAACAAAUACACCUUAGUUUUGUUUUCACAUGUGCAUCAAGCCAUUAUUUAAAAUUAUUAUUACUUUUAAUACUGUUUUUAUUAUAUUGCUUGCCAUUUGCCAGAAGCUCACAUUUGUGUCCGUGUGAAAUAUCUCAACAGCUGUUGGAUGGAUUGUCAGAAUUUUUUUUUCAGACAUUCAUAUUUGUCCAAUACUUUGGUUUAUGAUCAAAUAUGUGCAAAAGUAAUGACAUUCUCAUCACCUGUACUAUGUGUUCAGUGCUAAUUAGCAAAUGUUAGCAUGCUAACGUGCUAAAUCAAGAUGGUGAACAUUAUACUCGCUAUACAUCAAGUUUUUACUCUUGGUUGAGGUGGAAAUGUUAAGUCUGUAACCUUCUGCAAAUUAUUACACGGAGCAAACAGAAAUGCCGCAUUUCCAUCAUGUUUUUGAAUUUGUUUUUUUGUUGUUUGAGCUUUAAUUGGUGCUUUUUUUAUUUUCAUCAUCUCAUUGCACGUUCUUUUUCUGAAAUGUUUUAAUGGCACCCAUCCGGAGAAUUUGCACUUUUCUGUCCUUAUUAAUUUUAUUACUUCAUAUUUCCUUGCAUUUCUGUGAUUUAACUUCUGAUGCUGAUUUAUUACUGUACCGUAAAAUGAAAUUUGUAAUGUAAAGUAUGUGAUCGUACAGGAGGAGUUAACCUUUUAGCACAGCUUAUGUUUAAUAUAUAUGCAUAUAUAUAUAUAUAUAUAG